UGUCAGCACCCGUGUUUUACACAACAGUUUCACGCCAUAUAUGCAGAUGUGCCAGCAGGGCAGGUGAAGACUGGAUCGACUUGUUCUCCCUCUAAAACACAGACUGAGUUCAUGUAGUUCCUGCUUUGCCCAACUGCUGGUGAAGAUAACCAAAGAUGCAGAUUUUUGUGAAAACACUGACGGGUAAAACCAUUACCCUGGAGGUGGAGCCCAGUGACAGUAUUGAGAAUGUCAAAGCCAAAAUCCAAGACAAAGAAGGGAUCCCCCCUGAUCAGCAGCGUCUCAUCUUUGCUGGCAAACAGCUUGAGGAUGGUCGCACCUUGUCAGACUACAACAUCCAGAAGGAGUCCACCCUCCACCUGGUCCUUCGUCUGAGAGGAGGCAUCAUCGAGCCAUCUCUCAGACAGCUGGCUCAGAAGUACAACUGUGACAAGAUGGUCUGCCGCAAGUGUUAUGCUCGUCUGCAUCCCCGCGCUGUCAACUGCCGCAAGAAGAAGUGUGGACACACCAGCAACAUCAGGCCCAAGAAGAAGCUGAAGUAAACAGCUGGAUUCUGUCAUAACUGUUGUCAGUAAAACACCUUGACAAGCCUGACAGCGCUUCAUUUUCUUACCCAAAGUUAUCUUCAGGUUAUAUGUGCGACUCCAGUUUAAACACAGCUGCCAAUAAAGAAAACCUCAUCUGAA